GAAACCAUGUUUACGUGCGUUCACCGUGCAGUUGUAUUUCCGCAGAUAUUUUGGUGGUGAAAUGACGGGAGAAAAUGACGUUUAGGAUAUGACAUCGACAUGAUCCAGCAUAUAUUGUUGAAAGCAGAUUGACUAGAUGCUCUCCGUGCAGAGCCACACAACCACCAUGGCAGGUUGGGACAUCCAGAACUCGACCUUCCUCCACCGUAGUCUACCCAAUCACACACCCAACCCUGGAAGCCGCGCCUUGACCAGUAGUAGCAGCAACCACACCCCAAACAUCGGCACCCAUGACGACUUUGUCACCAAAUACCUCCAGAAUCACUCCAUCACGUCGUCGGCUCCGGAGGAUAAUUACUUUCAAGUGACGCACAAUCGACGGUCGGGGAUUCUAUUUACAUCUCCCCCGUCGUCGUCUGGACGGAAGAUUUCACAAACUUUUGGACCAUCGUUUUGCAAUAAGGAGAAUCUGGACCAGUGUGUGUCUUAUCUGGAUCAGGAGAUGACCAUUCUAGGAUUUCCAACCCUCUUCCUAUCGCCGGAUCGAGGCCAGUCUGGGGUAUUUGACAUUGUGCAAUUAGUAAACUGUUGCUAUGAACUCAUACAGAGGCAUCAGCAGAACCUACGCAAGCUGGAGGAGCAAGAAACUAAACAAAUGCGAGGUGACUCUGACUUGGAGCAUCUACAAUCCAACCAUUCCCGUCUCAAAUUACAAUUAGAGCAGCUGGAGAGAGACAAUGUGUCCCUGACGGAGAAAGAGAGACAACAGCUGAGCCAAAACAAGACGCUGGCCGUCAAACUUAAAACCACAAGGGAAGAGAUGAAGAAACUGGAGAGUAUUGUAAAGCAUCGAGAUACUCAGUUCAAGCAUGAUCUGAAGAAGAAAGAACGAGAGAUCAAUAAGAUGAAAGAAAGAAUACAUCAGCUGCUGACAGAUAAGAACCAAGAGAGGAGAAUAGGUAUGGACAUCUUGAACUCUUUACAACGAACAGAUGGCAAAAGAGCCACAUGGAAAACUGGAAAAACGGGUACAAAACACGAAGAGGAGAUGUAUCGACUGAUCAUCACCAACUACGAGGAGAGACAGAAAGAAAUGAUGCUGGAGAAUCAAGUCUUAAGAGAGUCACUCAGUAAUAUGCAGAAGGAGCUGGUAGAUCUUCUGAAUCGAGAGGGAGAUAAAGGCCUGCUUUCUCAAAACAACAACGACAGCGACGACGAUACAACAUCCAUCGACGACUCCUCCGUUGACGAACUCUCCCACGGCCACUUCCAGAUGCCAUACCAGAUGGUACGAGAAGGCAUCGAGAGCAGCCUCAGACAGAAGUGGCAGCGGCUACGGGAACACAUCCAACGAAUGGAGAAAGAGAAGCUUGCCAGUCAGGAGAAUAAAGAGAACUCUGGUGACCCUAACGGGACGGUGAUCUUGCCAGGGAGUGAUGCCCCAACUAUUGAGAACAUGGAGGAUGAGAUAUCCAGACUGAAGGAUAAAGUACAGGUGUAUCAUAGCAUCAUUGAGCAGCAGGAACAGGUGCUACAUUCUGUACAGGAUACCAGUAUGGACGAUGGUCUGAUGGCGCUCUUGAAAGACUCUCAGUUCCUUGAGGAGAAAGAGACCUUAGCGGAUGAGAAGAGGAUGUUCUAUCAACAGAAGGCUUCCUUUGAGAAAGAGAGAAGGAACUUCACUGAUGCUGCUAUCCGUCUUGGUAGAGAGCGUAAGAAGUUUGAGGAAGAACGAGGCACUUUCCUCCAGCAACAACUCAUGUUAAGCCCGACCCAAUCAGGAACAUCCCCUCCUCUAAGACCAGCCAAGUACAUCAACAAAUCUAACAGUCCAGGUGGUCAUCAUUCUGAACAUACGCCCUCCUCCCUUCCCACCAAUGACAACACACCAAAAGGACAACGAUUACAGCAGAUCAUCAACACACCAACGACAGUGGAGCUCUACCGCGCCUUGAAACUCAUCCCUGAUAGAGGGGAGUGUCUAAACUCGUCAAGAGAGAGCUUACAUGCACCUAGUUACUAUUCAGACACAGACCAAUCAGGCGUCAGCACUCCACGAUCAGGAAUAACGACCCCGCGCUCCGUCUGCAGUCAGAGCAGCGGCACCAGCAGUCGACGAAUCACAAAUCAGAUGAACAGCGCCAAGCGAGGGGGUGAUACAUCCAGCAAAGCGUCCGGCUCGAGAACGGAUAAUCUACGCACACCACACGGGCAUCGGACCAAGAAAGGGGAGGGAACCGGGAAGAGGAAAUAGUGUUUAAAUAUAGAGAAAGGUUGGUGUAAAGUUAUAGGGGCUGAGUUCCUGUAUUUGUAUGGCAUCCAUAUAGCAGCAAAGCAUGCAAAGCUUUUGAACAAUGGCAAAGCGUGCAAAGCUUUUGAACACAGACAAAUCAUACUUAGCAGAAGCGCGAUGCUAUUUAAAAAGGAAAUGUAUUACUGCCUCCAAGGUUGUGCUUAGCAAACUUGUUCGAAUUUUGCAUUGCACUAAUUUUGAAAGUCUGCUCAGGUUAUAUAACAGUAUAAUGGCUUUGUCCGGUUGCAUAAAGUUUGUCAUCUGAAAUGUUGUUAUCAGAUAUUUUGUCUGCCAAGCUAAAGGACGCAAGAGAAAAUUUUAUGCUGAGUAAAAAGUAAAAAUAUGUUAAUACUUUAUGCCCAGAACUUGCAAGUUUCGGAGUCGGGAUUGACUCUGUUUUACUGCAUGUAAAAUAGUGCAGAUGUAUGCAUAUUUAUUGAUAAUUAUUGUAAGAAAUUAUAUGGAAAAUUAUCACCUCCUUUUAUGGGGGUGGCAUUUUACUCGCAGUCAAACUUGCUCUGCAGAUUUGCAGUGUGCUGACAAAUUUGUCAUGGCUCUUGCAAUGACAAAGUUGAAAGAGUAUGAACAAAAUAUUUAAGUCUUUUAAAAGUGCCUUAUUAUUACUGUCCAAGUGAUGUGUAAAUAGUUGUUUUGUAUUGUAGCAUUAUGAUAUUUGUUUAAGGGCUACUUUUGGGAGUGAUGUACACUAAACUUGUGCAUGAUCAAUCACCAGAGAUAUACUGGUACCCUGUUCCUGGUAACCAGUCAAUGCGAUACCCCAGCAAAUUGACGACUUGGUGCUAUAUUGUCCUCAAUGGCAAUUUCGUAUCCGUAAUAAUCAAAAGGGCCUUAAAUUCAAAGUGGCUAUAAAUCAGAGAGAUAAAAAUAACCAAUAUGCAAAUAAAUGUAUUCCUUACAAAUUUGUCUUGCAAAUUGCCUGCAAUGGGAGACUUUUUGGAAUACUAGGUAGCAUAAUACAUAAUGAGUAAAUGUUUACUGUUUGAAGGAACACGUUGCUUUGGAUCGGACGAGUUGGUAUAUAAAAAGCAUUUGUAACUGUUUGUUCGAAAUGC